GUUCAAAAGCGGGUGGGGAAUUGAAGUGUGCCGCAGUGCCGGUGAGUGUGGGCAGCGGCGGUAGGAUCGUGUUUAAGCAGUUGAUUAUGUUCCGUUUAAUGGAAAACUGCUGAACCAUAGAUCUGUGUUAGACAAGGCUUCUGUGGUGUGACAGGAUGUCGAAACACACUUUGUUGAUUCUGUAUGGGAGUCAGACGGGAACAGCCCAAGACACGGCUGAAAGAAUCAGUCGCCAAGCACAAAGGAGGCGGAUCGGAGUCCGAGUGCAGGCUCUCGACACAUACAAUGUGGCGAAUCUGAUAUCGGAGGCCCUUGUGGUGUUUGUUUGCUCCACCACAGGGCAAGGUGAUCCUCCAGACAACAUGAAGAACUUUUGGAGGUUUUUGUUUAGGAAGUCAUUACCCUUGGGGUCCCUGUGUCGUCUGGACUGUGCAGUGCUUGGCCUUGGUGACUCUUCAUAUCCUAAGUUCAACUUUGUGGCUAAGAAGCUCUAUAAGCGUCUGCUGCAGCUGGGUGCUAAUGCACUACUUCCUGUUGGCUUGGCGGACGAUCAGCAUGAUCUUGGGCCAGAUGGGGUGAUUGAUCCCUGGUUAAAUUUGUUCUGGCAAAAGGCUCUGGCACUUUAUCCUCCACCAACUGAAUUAAGCCCCUUAUGUGACGGAGAUCUACUUCCUCCUCGUUAUGUUAUCCACUUCCUGGAUGAUGCUCCAGCAAAGCCAAUUGUAAAGUCGAUUCUAGCUAAAGGCCAUGCCCCACCCUCUUCGGACCACCCAUUCCCAGCACGAGUGGUGUCAAAUCGCAGAGUAACAGCCCCUGGUCAUUUCCAGGAUGUCAGACAUAUCGAGUUUGACAUCACAGACUCAAACAUUCAGUACCGAGCAGGUGAUGUGGUGAUGAUGAGGCCGUGUAAUUCCAUAGAAGAUGUGGAACAACUUUGCCAGCUACUGAGACUCAACCCUGACCAAUACUUUGUGCUCACACCUACAGAUAACAACACAGAUACUGUCCCUGUGCGACUCCCUAAGCUUUGCUCCAUCAGGUUCCUGUUACAGGAGUUUUUGGACAUUGCUGCAGUGCCACGACGCUCUUUUUUUGAGCUGCUCGCCACAUUUGCCACCAAUGAACUGGAGCGAGAGAAACUGGUAGAGUUCAGCUCAUCACAAGGUCAAAAUGAGCUGCAUAAUUACUGCAGCAGACCCCGGCGUACAGCUCUGGAGGUCCUGGCAGACUUUCCUCAUACAACAUCUGAGCUGAAUGUCAACUAUCUGCUAGAUUUAUUUCCUGAAAUCCAGCCACGUUCAUUCUCCAUAGCAUCCUCUCUCCUGGCACAUCCUAAUCGAAUCCAGAUUUUGGUGGCAGUGGUAAAGUAUAAAACCAGACUACACAAGCCACGUAAAGGCCUUUGCUCUUCCUGGCUGGCAUCUCUGGACUCCUCUCAUGGUGACGUUUAUGUGCCAUUAUGGGUGAAGAAGGGUAGCCUGAAGUUCCCUCAAGACCAUAACAGCCCUGUGAUAAUGGUAGGACCUGGCACAGGAGUUGCUCCAUUCAGAGCUGCCAUACAGGAGAGAGUGGCUAAGGGAAAAACAGCAAACAUUCUCUUCUUUGGCUGCCGCUCUGAGUCCAAAGACUUCUACUGCAGAGAUGAAUGGGAACAGAAGAUCCAGGCAGGUCACAUGACCCUAUUUACAGCCUUCUCCAGAGACCAGGAGGAUAAAGUCUAUGUUCAGCAUAGAUUAAAGGAACAGGCUAAACUGCUGUGGGAGCUGAUUGUGAACAAGAAUGCUUUCUUCUACAUAGCAGGGAAUGCCAAGCAGAUGCCCACAGCAGUGUGUGAUGCACUGAAGGAGGUUUUUAGAAAGAAUGGAGGUGUGACAGAGAGCCAAGCUCAGGAAAUGCUGGACAACAUGGAGAAAACAGGCUGCUUCCAGAGUGAGACCUGGUCCUGAUCAUGCAUCAAAACAUCUAAUAUUCAGGGUCAUAAAUGCCUUUAGUUCCAAAGGGAAACCAAACAAAUAUGUGCUAUGAAGUCAUGCUGCUGAGGACAGCACUUAUAGAUAUCAGGUAUAGAUUGAGGCUAAGGCUAUAGUUUGACUCUAACCACUAUGAGACCUUUUUUUUUUUUUAUUUAUCAUUCACAUGUACAACAUUACACACCAUGAAUGUCAGUCAAAUAAAAUUUAGCUUAUAUUUUAGCUCCUAAAAUAUUGUUGCAAUUAAUAUAUUCAUCCUUAUAUAAGAAUAAUAAUUUUUCCUGAUUAGUUAAUUGAGUAAAGAAUGAAAAAUAGUUUCUACAAUGGUGAACAUACACACACAUUGCCCAAAAAUAAUUUGUUGUUUGUGUACAAAAAUGUAUUCUAACUUUUAAACAAUGCCAGACAUCUGAACAUUUAUUUGUGGAACUGCUGAUUCAGAGGUGGACUAUGAAAAGACCAAGUUAUUAAAAAAUAAACUGCUCUAUUCUGUUCAAACUA